UCAUGGUCUCUCUUGAGUUUGCACUGGGAGUUCUGGAGCAGGGCGUCAAGGGCUCAAGGCUGGAUAAGAAAUGGUGGUGUUUCCUUUGCCAAGAUUGGCUGGGAGAGUGCGAUGUUGGCAUGGUUCAAUCAAAUCGGAGAGUUCUCGCACCGGUGGCGUGUGAAGAUGUUUUUCCUGAUCUGAUUGAGCCGUGCCAAUAUCACAAACUUUCUAGCCUAUAGUGCGAGAAAUGUACUAUUGUUGCCUUAAGAGCUCUGUAUGUCCAACAUAAUAUCCGCGUGCUGAACAGCUGGUUGCUUCCCCCUCGAGCACAGGUUCAAGGGCAACACCCGUGCCGCCUUUCGCAAUUUCAGCACCGUCACUCAGAUCGACCCUGUCUACCUCAAUGGGUUCGACUACUCCUCACUCUGCUUCACCAUCGAGCUACACAACAGGCUUGACAUCCCAAACGACAUGUGGAUCAUGUGCCCCGGUGGUUUAGGCUGCAUUGUCCGCGUCACCACCUUGCGGGUUUGACUACGUGCUAAACAACUAGACGCUUUCGACAACCCGGUCUUGUUCUUCAGGUCGCCACCACCUCCUCCUGCAGCAAACCCUAAUCUCCUCACGCACGCGCUCGUCGCCCCCCUCCCCCGCGCCACCCCUUCCUUCCCCCACCACAACAAGGCAGCAUCCGUGCCACUUCCUACCUGAACCUACAUGCCUCUUUCUUCGUGGGCUUCAUCCAUGAGUACCCUCUUGCCCUGCUUCCUUCGCUUCUGCUGAUGAUCAUGGUCACUACACACACUCCAACGGCCACGGCUGCCCUGCUACUGCUAACCUGGCACCUAGAGGCGUUGCCUGCUGUCGCAACCCCUCCAUCUCCACCACCCUCCCCCACAACUUCCUUGCCCCCCACCUGUGCCCCCCGUUUGGCUCGGGAGGGCACUCGGCCUGGUAAGCGCCUGCCAGGCAUAAUGGUGCUCGUCGCAACCAGCGUCUAGCGGCGAAGGAGCCCGCCCAUUUCGUGGAUAUGACCACACGUGCGAUGCAGCUCAAAGAAUUGCAGAACAACCUCGCGUCGUGCUCCCUUGAGCUGAAGACGCUCGUCGAGAAGAAGAAACUUAUGCAUAAGACCAAGAAGCCAAUUUCGCACGCAAAUCUUCACAAGCUCAUCACAGUGGCUGGCAUGGGCAAGACUACCAUCGUUGCCCUGGAUUCGGUACUGGCUGCUCGGGGAUGAUCGCCAAGGCAAGUGUUAGCGCGUGUACUCUUACUUUGUCACAACCUAUUAGCAUACGUGCGGUCUUUGUUGUGCGUCAUUGUGUCAUCCGUGGUCAGUCUCGUGUCUCUGUCAGGUUGUCUCUCCCCCUCAUUAGGCUCAAUGUGUGUGCAUUGUUGUCUCUCACCAUGGUUGGUGCUCGAGUAGCAGCCCUAGCUUCUUGUUGUAGCUCGGUGCUCCUGAUCCCCCAAUGAACACGAAUGCUCAUCUGUUUAACUUGGUGUCGUGGAAUGUCUGUGGCUUAAAUGAUCCUGAAAAAUGCAUUUUGGUCAAGGACUCAUUGCUGUUGGCCAUGCCAACGAUUAGGGGUGAAAACAGGACGAAUAUUUCCCGCCCGCCCAACUAUCCGAAGGCUUACGAAGCAAAUAUGGGAUGGCUGGUAUCCGUGUCUGACACUGUUCGACACUAUCUGUGUUUGACUCCAGAUUCGAGAAAAAAUAUAGGACAUGAUACAUGAUGACUGGUAUUCGUUCGAAGUAUCCGAAUGUUAGGUGUUACGAGAAAAUCUAUUACAAAUUUACCUAAAACAUAAUAAUAUAUACGUAGAUUAUCAUACAUCCGUAGACAGAUAAAACUAAAUGCUCUUGUUUUCACAUCUCACCGAUCACUCUCUUUGUGCUCACUUUGAUUACACCCCUAUAUUAUUUAAUGUGUUGUAUGAGGGUGCAAAUGAAGUGAAUUUUUUUUAUCUAUCCGACUAACUAACAUCUAUCUGACUAUCUGCUCUGACUCUGACUCUAAGAAAAAAUGUAGGAUAUCAUACAUGAUGAAGAAAUAAUUAUCCGGUAUUAUGUAUGUCCGGCUCUGACUCUGAGAAAAAAAUAUGGGUAGGAUACAGGAUGAGCUAUAUCCGUCUGUAUCUGAUCCGUUUUCACCCCUACCGACGAUGAUUUGUCUCCAAGAAACAAAGCUUGUCGCCUGCCUCGCGGACAAGGCUCGCUCUUUCCUGCCCCCGUGCUUCUCUAACUUCAAAUGCAUAGAUGUUUGGGGCACUUGCGGUGGCAUCCUAACAGCGCAGGACUCCUCUGCACUCUCGCUCUCCUCGUUCAUUGCGUGCCACUACACGCUUACCAUUCCCAAUGUCGAGCUCACGGUCACCAAUGUCUAUGCACCGUUAGACCGUCAUGACUCCCUAACCUUCCUAGAGUCGUUGUCUGAGCUCCGUACACAGGUUCUAGGUGCCUGGCUUCUGUUGGGUGAUUUCAAUCUAACCUGGGGCGCAGACGACAAGAGCAAUGCCAAUCUCAACGCUUCUCUGUGUUCAACCUUCAACGAUGCAAUCAACAAGCUUGAGUUGAUAGAACUCCCCCACCUAGAUCGCAUAUUCACCUGGUCUAAUAAGCGCGUGAACCCCACCCUGGCCCGCCUUCGUUGCACGUUUGUCAACACAGAUAUGAACCACACCUUCCCUAAUACCACCCUCACAUCCUAUGUUUGUACCACCUCAGAUCACAUGCUACUCCUUGUGGUCAUGUACACCACCCUACCCAAACCUUCCACCUUCUGCUUCGAGAACUCUUGGCUACUCCAAGCCGACUUCCUACAUUCUGUGCUCCUGGCCUGGAACUUGGUUCACUUGCGCGGUGAUGUUGUUGCCACACUUGCUACAAGCCUUAAGGCGACGCGCUGUGAGGCCAAGGUUUGGUCCAUGUUACAUUGCUCCCCUCCCACAAUUCACCAUAAUUGCAAAUUCAUUAUCCACAUGCUUGAUGUCCUCAAAGAAUACAUGUCCCUUUUCCCAGGUGAACAACAUCUUCGUGGUGCCUGUCAAUUGCGUCUUGCCUAGGCUCUGCGUGAAUGUGCAACUUACUAGAAGCAACGUGACAAUCAACGGGCUAUCAAAGAAGGCGAUGUGAAAACGGUGUUCCACCAUGCCCAUGCCACUUGGCGGCUACGCCGAAACCAGAUCUACAACAUUGAGGUGGACGACAUCUCUCUCACUGCUCAUGCUGCAAAGACCAAUGCCCUGGCCGCCUACUUUAGGGCGAUGAUUGGCACUGCGACGGCUCUAACAUGGAAAUUUGACACCGCCAGGCUCUUCUUCGACCAUCGCCCAGUACCUACAGCUUCUCUUGUAGCUCCAUUCACUGCCACAGAAGCUUGCGCCGUGCUACGUGACAUGAAUCGAAGUAGCACGCUGAGCCUAGACGGUUUCAACACUAGCUUCUAUCGGGCGGCCUAGCACACCAUUGAGUCGCAGGUCAUGGAGUUUCUCCACCCCUUCCAGGAUGGUACAACCGAUUGUUUCACGGAUUCAAAACAUCGACGUUCGAAUUGUAUUUGAAAUUGUGUAUGUAAUAUUUGCGGGCAUGCCAGUAUACAGAGUAUACAAGAGACAGGA